AUGGAUUCCUCCGAAUCAAUUAAUGGUUUUCAAGGGCUGCCAACGGAGCUGUGGGAAUCAAUUCUAUGGCAAGUCGAUCCUCGAACGCUCCUCGCAUCUGCCACACGAGUCUGUCAUGCCUGGGCCACCCUGAUUCAAAACUCCACUGCCCUUCAACAACUAUUAUUCUUUGCGCCAGACACUCGAGUUCCAAGUGAUGAGAAGACCCAUUGCUCGCUUCUGGUAGAUGCUUUCCCGUCGGUUCUCUUCAAGCACGCAAAGAGAGGAGAUGAUUAUAAUUUCACAAUAGCAACGUGGGAUUUUAUCAAGCACCCAGAGAAACAAUUAGCAUAUCUGCGACCCGAGGCCAGUUGGCGACGUAUGCUCGUGCAGCAGCCGCCGAUAUACAGAAUUGCUAUCUGGAAUGAGUCGUUCGCCACUAUUCCAUUUUCGCAAUAUUAUGAGAUGCCGGAAUUUUGGAUUGAUGGAGCUAUGAACUGA